AGUGAAAAUGGCGCCAAAUGUGCACCCUAUAUGGUGACAGGCGUUUCUACGGUUCCAUUAUGUCAAGUUUCGUCCAAUUUUAAGCUACAAACCGAAGUCGCAAUUUUAAUUUAGGAUAACACUCCUAUAUUGGCAGCGAGUUUUAAGUAUAAGACAUUUGUGAACCGGAGGCAAUUGCCAAACAAAAUUUUGAAACCCUACACUUGCGUAAAAGUGCGCCGAGAGCAAAUUGGAGACGCCGGAAAAGUAGAGCCACAGCGCGGCGUUUUUGUUUGGCGAGGAAAUGGCGGAGGAGAUUUCGCUCAUGGAAAUUGAUGACGAGGAAGGUACCAGUGGUUCUCUGAAAACAGACAAGGGUAAAAACGUCGCUGUUUCGGCUGCUCCGCCGGACUCUAAAGCAAUCCCUUGGGUUGAGAAGUACCGUCCUCAGUCUCUGGAUGACGUUGCUGCGCACCGAGAUAUUGUUGAGACCAUUGAUAGAUUAGCAAGUGGGAACAGAUUGCCCCAUUUGCUACUCUAUGGCCCCCCUGGAACAGGGAAGACUUCCACUGUUCUGGCCAUGGCUCGGAAGCUAUAUGGGAACCAGCUGCAAAACAUGGUUCUUGAGUUGAAUGCAUCCGAUGACCGUGGUAUUGAUGUGGUGAGGCAACAGAUUCAGGACUUCGCAAGCACCCAGAGCAUCAGUUUUGGUGCUAAGCCUGCUGUGAAAUUGGUUCUGUUGGAUGAGGCUGAUGCCAUGACUAAGGAUGCACAAUUUGCUCUCCGUAGAGUGAUUGAGAAAUAUACAAGAAGUACAAGAUUUGCCUUGAUCUGCAACAAUGUCAACAAAAUUAUUCCGGCAUUGCAGUCAAGAUGUACACGGUUCCGUUUUGCUCCUCUUGAUUCUGUUCAUGUCACGGGGAGGCUUAAACACGUUAUUAGCAGUGAAGGGCUUGAUGUUCACGAAAAUGGUUUGAAAGCCCUUGUUCGGCUUAGCAAUGGUGACAUGAGAAAGGCAUUGAACAUUUUACAGUCAACACAUAUGGCAUCUCAGCAGAUAACUGAAGAGGCUGUAUACUUGUGCACUGGGAAUCCUAUGCCGAAGGACAUCGAACAGAUUGCUCACUGGCUUUUGAACGAAUCAUUUCUCACUAGCCACAAAAGAAUUUCUGAAAUCAAGAGCAGAAAAGGACUAGCUCUAGUUGAUAUUUUGAGAGAAGUCACCAUGUUUGUUUUUAGGAUCAAAAUGCCAGCUGAGGUCCGCAUUCAGCUUAUCAAUGAAAUGGCUGAUAUAGAAUACAGGCUGAGUUUAGCCUGCAAUGACAAGCUACAGCUCGGCUCGCUAAUUUCUGCAUUCACACGGGCUAGAGCUUCCCUUGUUGCUGCUGCAAAGUAAUGAAGUUGAAGUCGACGACCCUCAUGUAUUACCGUUGCUGCUACACCCAGCUAUUUUCGAAGUUUGCAAUAUCCUUGUAUAGAGAGCUUAUGCUAUAUCAUGAAAUGCAAACAUACUGCUCGGCUGCCUUAUCGUAUUCUCUACACAUUAUUAUGAAUUAAUAUGGAUUCAUUCAUCUAUUCUACUUUAACAGACUGACCUUUGGUGAUUCUCUACAGCCAGCCAAACUGCCAUGGGAAUAGGAAUAGGAGUUUUGCAAGAUGAUCUUCUUC